GAGCUACCCUCACCUACGUACUCCUCGUUCGUUUAUAAUUUCUUUCCUUCGUCUAAUGCCAAAUAUAAUUUCCCGGGGAAUUAAGCUUUGAGAAGCAAAAAUGGCGUCUGAGAACAGUGUGAGAUUGAGAAAGCAAGCACUCAAACCAAUUGAAACUCGCAAAAGCGAAGAAGUGAGUAAGAAUAAUGGGCAAACAACAUGUGAAGAAGAGCCACUUAGCCCUUCAUCUCGUCUGUAUCACGAACAAAACUUCAACGUUUAUGUUGUAGCCAUCAUGGGGUGCAAGACUAGAAUUUAUCCAGACGUUGUCAAAGCCAACUUGGGCCAUACUUUGCUUAGACACCCUCGUUUCUCCAGUUUGCAGGUGGAGGAUGAAAAGAAUGGAGAGAUGAGGUGGGUUCCAACCCAAGUGGAUCUGCAAAGACAUGUUAUUGUUCCAGAGUUAGACCAAAACAUGGACUCACCGGACAAAUUCGUCGAAGAUUACGUCCACAACCUGAGCAAAACCACCAUUGACAAAUCCCAACCUCUCUGGGACCUUCAUCUGCUCAACUUAAGAACUUCACAAUCCGAGUCGGUUGGUAUUUUCAGGAUCCAUCACUCCCUUGGCGACGGCACAUCUCUCUUGUCGCUUCUACUCGCAUGCACUCAUCAAACGAAUGAUUCCGAGGCUUUGCCCUCCAUUCCAAUUAGGAAGAAGAAAGAGAAGAAGACUGACCGUAGAGGAUUUUGGAGAUUUAUGUUGAGAUUUUGGUUUAUUUUACAGGUGUUUUGGAAUACUGUGGUUGAUGUCAUCAUGUUUCUGGCCACAGCAUUGUUCUUGACAGAUACUCCGAAUCCUCUCAAGGGUCUGCCGGGAAGUGAGUCUACACCACGGCGGAUUGUUCACCGGACGGUCAACUUGGAUGACAUCAAGUUUGUGAAGAAUGCAAUGGGCACUACCAUAAACGAUGUUGCUUUCGGGAUGACGCAGGCUGGUUUGUCCCGCUAUAUCAACAGAAUAUGUGGAGGGCACAACAAAGAUGGGGGAGCAACAGAAACGAAUAACCUUCCGAAAAGCAUUCGUCUCCGAUCAACUCUGCUCGUCAACAUAAGGCCAGCUCCAGGCAUCCAGGCUUUAGCUGAUAUGAUGGAGGAGGAUGCUGAAGUAAAGUGGGGCAACUGGAUUGGUUAUGUUCUCCUACCCUUUACCAUUGCUUUAAGGGAGAAUCCAUUAGAUUAUGUACGUAAUGCUAAGGCCAUAAUCGACAGAAAGAAACGCUCCCUCGAAGCUAUAGCCACUUUCUAUAUUGCCGACAUAGCACUCAAGCUCUUUGGCAUCAAGGCGGCAGGUGCUCUGUCCCACAAAGUCGUAUCUCGAACAACAAUGUGCUUCUCGAAUAUGGUUGGACCUUUGGAGGAAAUUGGUUUCUAUGGUCAUCCCAUGGCUUUCCUUGCUACUAGUUCUUAUGGCCAACCUUAUGCACUAAUGAUAAACUUCCAGAGCUACGUCGACAAGAUGACCAUUGUUCUGUCGGUGGAUGAAGGAACCAUACCUGACCCUGGCCUGCUGUGUGAUGAUAUCGUGGAAUCACUCCGGCUCAUAAAGGAGUCCGCUGUGACAGGGGGCUUGCCUUGAAAGAGAAAGAGGCGAAACAUAAUGGAACUUGAACUCUUCAAUUAAUUUAUAU